AAACCCUAGAGGAAGGUCUAGCGUGGCAGAUAAUCUAUAGAAUCUUUGAUUGUUAUUCCUACAAAAAUGGCAGACAAUCCAGACUCUACAAAAGCAUUCGUACCCCUCGAAAACAACCCGGAGGUGAUGUCCCACCUCGUCCACCAACUCGGUCUCUCCCCCGCUCUCGGUUUCGCCGACGUUUUUAGCAUCGACGACCCAGAGCUUAUCGCUUUCGUCCCCCGUCCCUCCCACGCGCUACUCCUCGUCUUCCCCAUCUCUCCCGCCUAUGAAUCCGCGCGCAUAGCCGAAGACUCCUCCAAAUCCGAAUAUACUGGCUCGGGCCCCAACGAACCCGUGACGUGGUUCAAACAAACUAUCCGCAACGCAUGCGGUCUCAUCGGCCUCCUGCAUGCAGUCUCCAACGGCGAACCGCGAAAAAACGUCACCCAGGGAUCUGAUCUUGAAACGCUCCUGCGCGAUGCAGAGCCGUUGGAUCCGAUCAAGAGGGCAGAUUUGUUGUAUGAGAGCUCUGCGUUGGAGAGUGCGCAUGCGGAUGCUGCGAGGAGGGGGGAUACGGAGGCCCCACAGGCGGAUGCGAAUGUGGAUUUACACUUUGUGUGUUUUGUAAAAGGUGAUGACGGUCGAUUGUGGGAGUUGGAUGGGCGGAGAAAAGGUCCGUUGGAUAGGGGAAUGUUAGAGGAGGGAGAGGACAUGUUGAGUGAGAAGGCCUUGAAAGCUGGGGUGAGAAAGUUUUUGGAGUCGGAGGCGGCUGGUGGUGCGGGUGAUUUGAGGUUCAGUCUUGUCAGUCUGGGACCGGCAUUUGACUAAUUGUGUGCUUUGCAAAUACUAUGGUUUUGAUUAACCACCCUGGUCCUAUUUGGCUCUGGGAAUGAUGCGGAUAAGCUAUGUAUUAUCAAAAGGAUUAGUUAUACCACGUACUAUUACGGGG